UUCCUAUACACAAACAUCAAUUUACACAGAGUAGGUCAGUAGGGGAGGAAACAAUGAACCGCUCGGACCCAAAACAGAGGAAGAAAUAACCUCGCUCUCGGCUGUCUGUGGCAUCAUAUUAUUUCAUCUUAGCAGCAGAAAUAACUAAAUACACGAGUUACGGCGAGAAUGCUUUUAUGUUUCCGGAGCAAAUACAUUGCAGCAGUGAUAGUAGUAGCGUUGGUUUCAAGAGCACUUUAUUUUCAAGCAACUUAGAAUGCUGCCGUGGAAGAAAAAUAAAUUCGAUCUGAUCGAAGAAGACAAGCAGUCAAAGCCGAAGGGAUAUGCGGUGAGUCUCAACUACUCUGCACUCACGUCCUUUGCAAAGUCCUGCCCGGAGAGCGCUCUCAGCAGGGUCGGCAGCAUGUUCAAAUCCAAGAGGAAAAAAGUGAAUAUCACCAACGAGGACCCCACUUACACGGUGCUGUACCUGGGCAACGCCACCACUAUCCAGUCCAAGGGAGACGGCUGCACUGACGUGGCCGUGAGCAAGAUCUGGAACAAAAGCGAAAUGGGCAAAAACGGCACCAAGAUGAAAUUUACCAUCAGCUCCCAGGGGGUCCGCAUGGUGCAUGUGGAUGACAAAGCCCGCAGACCGGGUCACCUGUACCUGCUGCACCGGAUAACCUACUGCGUUGCGGACCCAAGGCUACCCAAGAUUUUCGCCUGGGUUUACAGGCACGAGAUGAAGCACAAAGCCGUCAUGCUGCGGUGCCACGCCGUGCUCGUCUCCAAGCCAGAGAAAGCUAAAGCCAUGGCUCUCUUGUUGUACCAAACUUCGGCUACAGCCCUGGAGGAGUUUAAGAGGGUUAAGCGCAGGGACGAUGCUCGGCACCAGCAGCAGCAGCUGAUAGGGGAUCAGACCAUCCCCUUGGUCCCCCUGAGGAAGCUCAUGAACGGACAGUGCUAUUACAAACCUCCCGUGGAGCGCAGCCGGAGCGCACCGAAAUUGGGCUCCAUCACUGAGGAUCUUCUCGGGGAGGAGGAAGAGGAAAAAGAGAAACAUUUCGAGUGCGAUGACAUUUUGGACACAGAUGACGACUGCUUGGGCAAUAGUAAACAAGAACUUUCUCAGAUAAUCAGCGACCUGGGGGAAAUGUGCAUUGGUAACGAUGUCCUGACUCUGAAAUCGGACCUGAGAGUCACCCGGUUACUGUCCGGGGAAAGCACGGGGAGCGAAUCUUCUACAGACAGUAACCAGGAUCCGAAUUCACAUUGCAAUGGCUUUGAGGAAGUCAAAGAGCAAGAUAUAGCUUGAAUAAUAAUAAUAAUAAUAAUAAUACUAAUAA